AUGGCCGACGUUUAUUAGAAUAAUUUUGUAAGAUUUUUAUUCGAAAAACUUAAAUUCUGUCAGAGCUCUGCAAAAUGUCUAAAAGAGAGCAAAGUGAACGUAAUGAGAGAAAAUUAGAUACGACAAAUGACUAUGAAAAUAUAUUAGCACAGCACAGCAUAUUUGAAUCAACAAGAGGAAAACAUCAGGAGCUGCCAAGCUUUCCUGGCUUUGCAAAUGCUGAAACACAAACAACUAAACAAAGUGACAUAAAGACUCAAGGAGUACAGCCUGGCCUGGGGGCAUGGCACUACAACCCUUGGUGGAUGCUGGCCAGCACUUCAAGAAGUAUUCCUUCUCAAGAUGACUUCUCUGAGGGUAGUGACCAAACUAAAGUGAAGCAAGAACCUGCUGGUGCAGGCACUCCAGACCGUGACCCCCUGCAAACGGACAUUGACCAAUACACUACAGGCCCACCAACUCCCCCUGCAGGGAUGGACUCAUUCUGUGAUGAUUGUUCAGACCCAUUUUGUGACUCUAGUGCAGCAAUUUGCCGCAAACUAUUUCACUGCCCUCAUUGCAGAAAGAGUUACCCUACAAUCCUUGAGUUCAAUACGCAUUUAACUGGAGUACACCCAGCACAGAAACCAUUCAGAUGCCAAAUCUGUUUGGAACCAUUUAAUAAAAAACAAUAUUUGCGAAGGCAUUUAGAUGCUAAUCACACUCGUAAAGACGUGAACAAAUGCUCUGUGUGUUCAAAAUAUAUUAAGGAUAAGAGCAACUUGCGUAAACACAUGCAAGUGCAUACGGGCCGUGUGCCACAGAAGCAAUUCAAGUGUGACUUGUGCAACAAUAAGCGGUACAUGUCUCUAGACCGCCUCAACAACCAUAAAGUAGUGUGCACAGGGGAAAAAGUGCUCAAGUAUUGUGACAUGUGCACCAAAGUAUUUGAUAAUUCAAGAUCAUUGAACAGUCACAAGAAAGUUCAUGCCCGGGAACUGAAAUGUGAGAACUGUGGUGAACAACUCCGCUCAUUAGAACAAUUCACAAAUCAUAAAAUGAUUUGUCAUGGAGCGACUUCAGAAGCAAGUGGCAGUCAAAGUGCCUCAGCAAGUGGUGCAGGGACUGCAGUAAACCGAUGCUGCACGCAGCCAGGUCUGUGUGAGCAUGACAAACCGGCCUACCUAAACAUACCAGGUUAUGCAGCGAGCAGAGUUCUUGAUGCAACUCUGUCAUCUUUAAAAUCAGAGCUGAACUGAUGAAAUGUGAUGAACAUGUUUUACAGAUUAACAAAAUUUUAUGAUUUCUGUUUUAACAAGAUUACCAAAUAGUUAUCAAUGACAGUAAUAAUUUUCACAAUUGAAAAUUUCACAAGACUGAUGCAAAUAUCCCGCCUCACGACUUGCUUUAUUAUUACCAUUUAAAUUAAGGCUUUAGUUUGUAGGUUAAUAUUGAUAGUAAUAAGCUGCAUAGCCAUUUGUUAAUAUUCAAGUAUAUGAAGAACUUACUAUUACAAUUUGGUUGGGACCUGUGACCCCACUCUGUUACUGAAGGAAGUUUUACAUAUAUUUGAAUGUACCCAAAUUGUUGUCCGCUUUUAAUUUUAAAACUGAAACAUUUACACUGUGUGAAAAUUGUUCUACCAAAUCAGCUUUACUGAAUGAAUAAAACCUGACCGAACUUACAAUGUUUAUGAAUUAAAUAACACAAAUAUUUUUUUUUUGUUAUUUGACUAUAGCAAUGCCUUGACUGAUUUAGAGUAAUGGUAAUGUGCAGUAUUACAUUAAACAUUUUUUUAUUUUUCUAUUGUGGAAAGUUGUAAGAGCUAUAUUAUUUUUAUAAUUUUUAGAACAUAAUAUUUUAAAGUAUCUAAGUU